AUGGAUCGUCAGCUACGAACCCGACAGGCUAUAUAUAAUCUUGCCUCCCAUCUGGCAACAAUAUCCUUCCUCCACCCACCAGCAAAGACAAGACCAAGAGACAGGGAACAGAAUGCCCCCAAACCCUCCCAACCCUCCAACGUCACAGCGGCCGGCAGGCGCAAAAAGAGCAGCAUCGACGAGACCACUGAGUCUUCUACUUCCACCGUACAGGAUGCCACGACCCCCCAUGCUACGAAAGCGCACGCGCCGGCCAAGCACAACAUCGGUGCUGCUUCAAGUUCUUCUGUGGACCACCCUGCCGGAGCUGCGCCAGCUUCUCGCAUCGAACCCCUGUUGCAGCCGGGGAACCUUGACACGGCAGCGCUUUCAGUAGCCAUGCAACGUAUCGCAGACUUAGUGUCGGCCUUUCACGCAUGGUUAGAGUCUGCCCACAAGGUAGACACGACCGCACAGCCAGGCUCACCAAACAAGGGAAAAGAGCCAGCCUCUGAAUUACCAUCCACAAAGAUACAAGAGGCAUACAUCAUGCAAAUUCAGCUUGAGGUCCAGAGCUUGGCCGGUAUAUUUGGUGCCAAGAUCUUAACCUUCGACAUGAGGCCCCCAGAACCCACUGGUGAGAUUGCUCAAGUGGUCGAGUCGCUGGACAUUCUCAGCACUUGUUUGAGAACCCGCGCAGAUUCCACGCAACUGGAUUUGGACCUAAAGCUGGAGCAAAUCGAACAUUCUGGCCUCAUCAACAAGAGCGGUGCCCUUUACGAUGGUAUAUGGACUAAGGCUGACACUGCUGCACCGGCACAGAGCAACCAAAUGCAAAAGCUUUCACUCUAUAACGGGUCGCGAGUCCCCACAGACUCAUUGUCUAUCCCAGUAUUUGAGGCCAGAACGGAUCGGCAGCAAAAACAAUGGAAUCGGGGAACCAAACGCGAACAUUCAACGUUGUGGGUAAUCCUGCAAAACGACAAGGGCAAGUCUUUAAAAGAUACCCAAAUGGCACUGUACACGACUUGGCAGCUGCCAAAGAAGCUGUCCUCUUGUGAGCCGACAGACGGCCGGGCCGCAAAGCGGUGCCCUAGUGUGCACUACACUGGGUACUUUGCUGGUACCGAUUUGGUGUUUUCCUGCAGCUUUGGCACCUGCCCCGGGUGCGAUAAUCCCGCAAAGUCGCUCAUUCACAUGGACUUCGAACUCGCAGAUGGCCAUAUUCUUGCUCAAUUGAACCCACUCUUCCGUGUCGAUACCCUGGGUUACAUUCGGCUCCAGGAUUCCAAGCCGAUAACGAAGAACAAGCGUACCAUUGAACUGUUGUCUGUGUAUAGGGUAACAGUUCGUACGUAUAUCUAG